ACACCCCAUCUUUAAUUAUUGAGUAGAUUCAUUUGGGAAACUGUGAAGCUUAAAUAUAAAAGAAUAAAUUGGGCCACAGACAGACAUAUAUAUUAUUCAGAUAAUGAAAAUAUGAUGUUUUUAAAAAGCUAGGGUGUAAAAUCCUGAAAGUUAUCUUUAAAAUGUAGAUUUGAAAAUGUAUUUUUAUGUCAGCGCUGAGAUGUUUAUAUAAUUAUAUAAUCUGAAAUCUGAAUUUAUGACUUUAUAUAAAGAGUCAAACUUGUAUAAAUAAAAUCGUCUGGAGAACGUGUUUCUGCCAGAUUACUGUAUACAGGGGGAUUAAGGUUAUAGAUAAUCACGUUGAAAGGGGAUUUGGUUGAAAGCAGCAUCACUCAGACAUCCUGCACACACACACACACAUGCAGUUCAGAGUGCACAGAGUGGGUGGAGAUGGAGACCAGUCAGGUCAGCAUUAACAGCUUUAAUCAGGGGAAAAACUGCUCCGCUACCUGAAUGUUUCAUCACAUUCCCUCCUCUGACCUUCAGCCAGACAGCGAGCUAGCUCUCUGUUAGAAACUACAAGAGCACCACCUGCUGAGUCCAGACUCAAAUUAAAAAGUGAAAAACUCAGUGAACCCGACCCGUCCUUCCUCAAGAGGCCAGUGGAGAUUAAACAGGAGGGCUUCCCAGACGUGCUCAGUGAAAUGAGAAGCAGUUUAAUUACAGUAUGACAUUCAACCAGUGUAAGACGACCAUAUGAAUGACUUAAUAUCUCUCUGCUCAUGGUUAUCAAACAAAAUAGAGUUCAAACAGCCACAACAUGGAGAAGAAAAACUUACAUUACAGGAGGAAUUACUGCUGCUGUAUGUAGAAACCAGGCCUGAAUGUUAAAGGAAAGGUUGAAUCAUGUUGGUUUCUCAAACAGUUUCUAGUCAUUAGCUGCUUAUUAAACAAGCUCUCGACUUUGGAGCUUAUUGUCAGAGUGUUAAAAUAAAACUGUAGAGAGCUGGCAAGUUUUAAAUGGGAAGAAUUAACUUCUUUUCCAUUUUGUACUUGCCAGGUAAAAGCUUGUGUUUAUUAACAAAGACCCAACAGUGGUACUGAAAUCUAUUAUACUGUUGGCAACCAACGACUGUGAAAAUAUCAGCCAACAAACUCAUGAAAUAAAACGUCUGUGGCAGUUUGAUUAUCUCGCUCACAGUGUGAACAAAUCCUCAGAGUAGCUGUCAAUCAUCUGUCAUCAAUCAGAUUGAUCACUAAUAUGUGGCUGUUAGAUUUAUAAUAAUGAGGUUAUGAUGCAUGUUUUAAGUGUCAUGUUGAGGUUAUAAACCAUGAGAGCAACAAAUACUGUCUGCAUAAUCCUCAAAUCCUCAAGACAGACGGAUCGAUAGAGUAUUUUAUUAAUCACAAAGAAAACAUAUAUUCACUCACAAUCUCAAAAUCCCUGAUGACAAAUCACUUUAAAAGACCUUCAGUAUAGAAAUAAAAUAAUCAGGGAGGUUCAGACAAAGUUCCAAGUAUGUAUAAUAGACAAUAAACAAUCUAUGAUGGUUAAUAAACUUACGUUACCGCCUCUACUCUGUUAUACAAGACAAGAAAGACUUUAAGAUUAGAAAUAAACCACCAAACCUUUGUUCCUCAUGCUGCUUCUCAGCUGUCAGGAGAUGAAUCUUCCAUGAAAAUAGUAACCAAUAUGUAACCAAAUAGACCAAAAAUGGUCAACCCAUUUAGUAGUAAUACAAAGUAAUAAUUACAUUACUGAAAAUCAACACAACAUGGGCUUUAAAUACAGAUACAAUGCUAUAAUGAAAAACUAAAGGAAUCAAGUAUUUUUGUGUGUCAGGAAGUUAAACACAAAUAUGAACUCAAUUAUGAAAACAAAACCAACGUUUCUUUUCUCCUUUUUUGUCACAUGACACCAGCUGUGCAUUUAUGGAUGAGCAGAAUAAUCAUCCAGUGUCUUCUGUUGUGUUCACAUCAUAUGGGAGUGAUGGUCGCUACAAGCUCUUCGAUUUAAAAAUACAGAUGUUAGAGGUGUUUCGAUUCUAAGAUGCGUCGUGGACGCGGACACGGACGAUUCUGAGUCGAUUCACAAAUUGAUGAGGGCAGCGCAGCACCCGGACAGUCUACAGCACGAACAGGCUAGAGUUAUCUUACAGUUCAUCUUCAUAAAAGGCUGCAGUUGCAAGCUAACGUUAGCCUAGCGGAGCAGUGAACUCCAGCAGUAACAAACGAGACCGACGGCAGCGUUAAACAACUUAAACCAAAUAAUUUGGCGUGAACUCUACAGCGUAAAGCUCAGGUAAUGGAGUCAAUGAGUAAAGCUAGUCGAGUAGCCUUUACAUGUGUGUGUUAUUGUAAUGUUUACGCAGUGAGGAGCGUCACACAGGUACUGGUAUUGAAAAGAUGCAGCUUUUUAUAUAUCAUAGACUGUUAUAGUCUGAUUUUUUGAAGCACUUUAGACAUAAAAAUGGAGUUUAGAUUUAUCUGACUGCUUGUAUCAACUGAUGAAAAAGUAGCCAUGUGCAGUAAUAUAGAAAUAGAUCGUAAUCGUGAGCCCAGUGAAGAUUUACACCUCUGUUAGAUACUCUCUGGGUUUGUCAGGUUCUUCAUCAUGAAUUUUAUCCGCAACAAGAAAAAUUCUUCCGAUCAUUCCCAUAUGAUAUGAAACCAGUCUCUCCCUUUGAAUCCCAACCCAUCACUGUUGAGAUUUCUGUAUUUGUAGAUGCUUAUAUUGGAGUAAUAAAACCAGAGUUUAUCAGGGACUCUGUGUGCAUGCGUCCCCCCUCCUCCUCCUCCUCCUCUCUCCUCUCUAUGAAUCUAGAUCUACACUUCAAAUACACUCAUGUGCCUUUUACUCAAUGUACCUUUUCAAGGCUCGUUGUGUGGUUUUAUGUGUUGUUGCAUAUUUUACAGCAUUAGGAUCUUUGGGAAAUUAUGAGCACUGCAACAGGUCAAUGACGUUGCAAGGAGCAAGCAACGCCGAGAAAUUUGAUUAUGUCAUGAACUUCAUGAACAAACUGGCAGGAAAUGAAUACGUCGGUUUCAGCAACGCCACUUUCCAGUCGGAGCGCGAGUCUGGAGACAGAAACUUUGCCAUCGGCUACUAUCUGAAGGAGAAGAAGUGUUUUCCGGAGGGAACAGACAUGACCUCCAUCUUGGAUUUCUACUUCCAACUGUGCUCCAUCGAGGUGACCUGUGAGAGCGCCAGCGUCAUGGCGGCGACCCUGGCCAAUGGCGGCUUCUGUCCAAUCACAGGAGAGCGCGUGCUGAGCCCCGAGGCGGUGCGAAACACUCUGAGUCUGAUGCAUUCCUGCGGCAUGUACGACUUCUCCGGACAGUUCGCUUUCCACGUCGGUCUGCCGGCGAAAUCCGGUGUCGCUGGUGGGAUUCUGCUGGUUGUCCCAAACGUCAUGGGCAUCAUGUGUUGGUCUCCUCCUCUUGACAAGCUGGGCAACAGCGUCAGAGGCAUCCAGUUCUGCACGGACCUCGUUUCUCUCUUCAACUUCCACAACUAUGAUAAUCUGCGGCACUUUGCUAAGAAACUGGAUCCUCGUCGGGAGGGAGGAGACCAGAGGGUGAAGUCGGUGAUCAAUCUGCUGUUUGCUGCUUAUACUGGAGACGUGUCAGCGCUGAGGAGGUUUGCGUUGUCCUCCAUGGACAUGGAGCAGAGGGACUAUGACUCCAGAACGGCGCUGCAUGUGGCAGCUGCUGAAGGUCACGCUGAGGUGGUUCGCUUCCUGCUGGAGGCCUGUAAAGUCAACCCGGUUCCCAGAGACAGGUGGGGAAACACACCGAUGGACGAGGCGGUCCACUUCGGCCACCACGAUGUGGUGACCAUCCUCCGCGAUUACCACACCCAGUAUAGCCCUCAGGAAACCAGCGACGACAAGCAGAGCGCAGAGAAGAACCUGGACGGUUUGCUCUGAUGGAAAACGUCAGAAAACAAGCGUAACCCGUAAAUCAUGGAUGGUAUCCACCGAGGGGAAAACCCACCUGGACGCUAUACAGACAAAGAAUUCCCUCUUAAACUGUUCGAUCUGAAGAAAUCUACAAGAAAACAUCUUAAAUCAGGUCAGAAAGUUAAACCACCUUCCGUAGAAGUCACUUAAAUCAGCUCAGACAAUAAACUGUGCAGUAGAUUAAUCAGUUAAAACAACGUAGAUGAAAGGAAACGGCGUGGAAGCUCCUCAUCAUGUUGUUACUAGGUGUUGUUUUUGUAUUAUAUUACUGUAUCUACUCUGAACAGGGGAAAACAUUUUUAUUUGGAUUUCUCCUUCUGUAUUUAGCUUUUCUCUGUCACCGGCCUCCAGCUGCAUGCUGGGUAAAUUCAGCUGCGGCUGCUAAGUUGAGGGACGAAGUCGUUUUUAAUCGCGAAACUCUGAAACAGGAAGCAGCAAGUGUUGUGCCCUCGUUU